UUGAAGGGGAGGGGAUUCAUAUUUCUCUUUGUCAUGCGAGUUCUCGAGAAAGUCUUUGUUGGUGGGUGUCAGAAAUGAGACACGAAGGGGGCUAUACCUAGAAAUAAUCAUGGGAAUCAUCAUUUCAUCUGUAGGUUUUCUAAUUUCUGAGACAAAUCCAUGGGAAGGUUGAUCUUGGAGCAGUUUCCUCAGGAUCCUGAAAUGCCAGGGAUUUUGAUGCCUAUGCUCUGGUACAACAUCACCUGCACUGAAGCUUUCCUCCAUUCUCCUAGGGUUCAUUGAUUUCCUUUUCAUAUCAAGAGGCUUUAUUUUGCUCCCAAUCUCCCUAUUUCUGUUCCUCUUCCAGCUAGUUUGAUCUACUUUUCUUUAUAUGCAGCCAGAGAUUUUGAAAAUAUUAUUUUUUGUAUGAGUGUAAUCCCAUAAAACACCUUUCAGUAACAAAACCAAGUUAUGUGUUCCCCCUUCCAACUCCACUAUUGCUUGCUUUAUGCCUGAAAAUAUCCAUUACAAGCAGAUUUCAAUACCUUUGAAGGACAAUUGGUGCUUUGACAUUGAAAUCCGACAGAAUUGGAGGAAGAUCAUACAAAUCAUAAUUAGUUGCAUGGAAGCCCAUAUUAAGGAUCAUCAAGAAAAUUGUGUUGCUCUGAUGGAUUGACUCUGCCAGAAGACAUCCAAUUAAAGGUCACUGCUGCUUGCUACCAAGUCAAAGGGAGGAGACAGGACAACAGCACCUCCUGCCCUGCCCCAUUGCCUCCAGUCAUAAACCAUGAUGGCUGUGGGUGAGGCCCUAGUGCAUAUGAGGAUCACUGUCCUGCAGCUCUACCUGGGAAUAUUGCUCUUCCUUUCUGAAUGGGUCCAGAUCGGGCACUCUCAACACUACAGCCCCCCAGAAGUAGUGAUACCCUUGAGGAUAACUGGCACCCAUAGAGGCUUGAGACCCCCUGACUGGAUCUCCUACAGUCUGCACUUUGGAGGCAAAAAACACAUUGUCCACAUGAAGGCCAAGAAACUUCUGGUGUCCAAACCCUUCUCUGUGUUCACCUACACAAAGCAGGGUGCUCUGCAUGAGGACCACCCUUUUGUCCAGAGUGACUGCUACUAUCAUGGGUAUGUGGAAGGGGACCCAGAAUCCCUGGUUGCUCUGAGCGCCUGUUUGGGGGGCUUUCAAGGUAUGUUAGAGAUCCGUGACAAUGUUUAUGAAAUCAAACCCAGGAGAUUUUCUACCACAUUUGAACAUCUGGUUUAUAAGAUGCACAGAGAGAAGACACAAUUCCAGCCCCACAGAUGUGGACUAACAGAAGAAGAACUAGCACGACAACUGACACUGCAAAGGAGUGAUAAUUCCAAUCUGAAGCAAAGUGGCUAUGAAGGGUGGUGGACCCACACAUGGUAUCUUGAAACAGUUUUGGUUGUAGACUAUCAGCGAUUCCUGUAUAAGAGAAGUAAUGUUUCACUUGUGGUACAGGAAGCAUUUGUCAUUCUCAACAAUGUACAUUCCCUUUUAAGUAAAUUGGAUGUUAAUUUGAGUUUACUUGGAAUUGAGGUCUGGAAUGAAAAGAACUUUAUCAAAGUGACUAAUAACAUAUUUAGACUCCUGGAUGAGUUUUGCAAUUGGAAGAGAAUCAGCCUUGAAUCGCGCAAAAAACAUGAUCUUGUACAUUUUUGGGCAAAACAAGAUUUUGGUAUACAUCUUGGCUUAGCCUAUAUUGCAACUGUUUGCAUACCUGGUAUGGAAUGUGGAGUGGAAAGUCUCACGAAUGAUUAUCUGUUUGAUUUUUCACUUACUACUGCACAUGAGGUGGGUCAUAAUCUGGGUAUGUUCCAUGAUGUAUGGAUAUGUAAAUGUGGGCAACGCCAUUGUAUAAUGUCUGAAGAACAAUCAGAUGGCACAAGAUUCAGCAACUGCAGUUACGCUUAUAUGUGGGAAAACUUUCCAUUUAUGAACUGUUUGCGCAAUGCACCAAAACAAAUGGACAUCUUCAGGGGGAAUGUCUGUGGGAAUGGUGUGGUUGAAGAAGGAGAGGAGUGUGACUGUGGACCCCCAAUUUUGUGUUCAAACCAUCCAUGUUGUUCAGUAAGUUGCACUCUGAAAAAUGGGGCUGAAUGUGCUUCUGGGCUUUGUUGUGAAGACUGCCUUCUCUUGCCACCAGGUCAAGUAUGUAGAGAAAAUGUCAGUGAGUGUGAUCUUCCAGAGUGGUGCAGUGGUACCUCACCUGAGUGUCCAGAAGAUGUGUAUGUGCAGGAUGGGGUUCGUUGCAUGGGCAGUGGGUAUUGCCAUGAGAAGAGAUGCAAUGCACGUGAUGAACAGUGCAGACAGAUCUUUGGCAAAGAAUCCAGGAGUGCACAGGAGAGUUGCUACAAAGAAAUGAACAGCCGAGGUGACCGCUUUGGUAACUGUGGUAUCAUUGAUGACCACUAUGUUAUGUGUAACAUAUCAGAUUUCCUCUGUGGAAGAGUUCAGUGUGAGAAUGUGAAAGAAAUUCCCUCUUUGAGAAGUCACACUACUGUGCAUUGGAUGGACUUCAAUGGUGUGACCUGCUGGGGUACCGACUAUCAUUUUGGGAUGACCAUACCAGAUAUUGGUGAUGUGAAAGAUGGCACAGAGUGUGGUAAUGGACAAGUGUGCAUACACCGGAAGUGUGUCUCUAUGUCAUUGUGGGCAAGUGAUUGUUCACCAGAGACCUGUGCUAUGAAAGGGAUCUGCAACAACAAACAUCACUGCCAUUGUGACCCUAACUGGGAGCCCCCGAACUGCACAGAAAAAGGCUAUGGAGGGAGUGUUGACAGUGGCCCACCCCCUGGGAAAAUAGUAAUGAAGAGAGCUAGGCCAAAGAAGAAUUUCCCAGCACCACUUAUUUUUUUAUUUCCAUUUUGUCUUUUGAUGUUGAUUGUGUUACUUUUGAUUUUGGCGAACCUAUAAACAACGCCUAAGAAAGAAGAGGGAAAUGUGCAACCUUCACCUGAGAUGGAAUAGCUGUGUGUUCAAACUUACCCUUUACUUGACAAAGAAGAGCUCAAUAUAUAAACUUUACUUGAGAUAGAAGAGCAAAAUUUUUACAUUUUCAAAAAAUAAUCCCAAUCCUCAGUGAAAUUUCCCAUGCAUUAACAUUUAUUAUCCUGGAAGUAGAAAUGUUACUGCAAAUGUUAGAAACCACUGUCAGGAAGGCCCAGAGAUCAUUGCUUCAGGAUCAUAAGCAUUCACCAUAAUACAUGUAAUUAAUAACAGUU